AUGAAAGACAUGAAAAGGAAUUUGAAGAAGGGCACUUUUCCAACCAUUUGGAAAAAAUCCUCUCAAACACUAUCAAAGCGGAGUUUACGAUCGGUGAGUGAAAUUACAAUGUAUUUGCGCUGUGCGUAUCACCGUUAUAUUUAUUUCCCCAUUUACCUGUGACAUGAUUUUUUCUGGCAUCGUUGUUCAGUAUUCGUGUAAUGAAUGCUCUGACUAUUUGGACUUUCCAUAUUGUUGCAUGUGUUUUCAUACUUUUCUGCUUUCUUCUCAUAGUUAUAGUAAAACGGGCAUUUGCGCUGAGUGGACGUGAAGUCAAUUCCCCAAUUCCCAGACCUUUCCACUCAAGCGUAAAAUUUAGAAAAAGUGAAGCUACAUAGAAAUCCGGCUCUCUAUUUUUUGAGAGAUUAUCUUGCCGUUACUUUGAGAUUUGACAGCACUCCAAACUUCCCUCAAAGAAAUCUUACAGCAAAUUAAGAGUUACACGCGAGUCUUUUAAAACGACCAAAAAUGGACUUAGUCUGAUUUCUACAUUCUAUAAGUUCAGUUACUGUUUGCGGGUUUUUUUUUUUCGUUUGUAUUUUAAUUCUAUUUUCACUGUCUGCAAAUGAUGCAUACAUUUUAAGGCAAAGAUGUGGUUAACCUUGCUUCCAUUUCUAGUUUUGAAAACAUCGACAUGAAGCUCAAAUUUAAACUUGUUUUGAAGGGGAGAUAUAAAAAAUGGUCGUACCUACUUUCAUUUUUAGCUACUAAAUGAAAUGCUGGCUGGUCAAACUACUAAUGAGGAUACAGAGGAAGAAGACAAUCCUGAAGAAGAGGUGAUCUCUUUGAAAGGAAGUUCUGCACCUGAGGAGAGUGCUGACACUAUGGGGGCCCCCAAUCUCAACCCUGAGGAGUCUCCAGAAGUCAAGGGUGUUCUGAAUACAAGUCAGGGUUCUUUGCUUGAGGUAAAUCCUGAAAAGGAGGGCUGCAUCCCUGAGACUGACACGGGUGAGAUAAGUGUUGAUCCUGAGAUGGCUUGA